AUGAAGUCAGGCGCAAGACUUGAAAAAAGUGGAAAAAUAUCCAGAAUUCCUAAUGCAUUUAUCGCAUUUCCCAUGGAUGUCUGUCGCGAACUUCGUGUUUCGUGUUAUUGGCGAUUGCAGCAUGAGUCAUCCUCAACUUUCUUUUAUGUGCAAGGCUUCAUGGGACAAUCAACCAGAAUAUGCCCAGUGGCAUCAUAUGAGCAGAUACCAUUUUUAAAUGACGAAAUGAAUGAAAAUGUAUCAAACGCAGCAUCUGGUCAUGCUCUUCCUAAUUGGAUCCAUCAUAAAGAAAAUCCAAAUUCAACUAUUGAAGAUUCAUCAAAUUUAAAUAACUUUAGGCAACCUGAAAUUAAUUCGAAUAUAACUCUUCCAGCUGAUUUACAAAAAUCGCGUUUGAAGGUAGGCCAAUCUUCAUAUUUUGAUCCUUCUUCCGGCGACAUUAAUUUUGUUUCAGUGAAUUCGGAAUAUGUAAUGUAA